UGAUGUUUUUAGCAUGUGAUAUCACUUGAUAGCUUUUUCCUCUCAGCUAUCAAACUGUGAAACCUGCACUAUAUAUACACAUCUUUCCAAUAAGCCUUGUUGGUUCAAUGCAUCGCAGAGCUGGUAGUUUUGUCCAAACGAGAGCUACAAAUCAGGAAACAAAAAGAACCCUGCUGCAUUUAUGAAAAACAAAAACAGAAUAAACCAGCUCCAAAGGAACAAACAAUGCUCAGAUUUCCAAGACUUCCCUACAUCAAAUUUACAUGAUAAAUGAACGAUUUAUAUUUUGAAACCCCUAUUUCUCCGUUGUGGACCUGUGAAUCAGCUCUUUCCUCAUGCUUGUAUGAUUUGUCUCAAUGCAGAGUCAGCCUGAGACAUAAACAGAGUAUGCAUCUGCUUUAGGCCCCCGGCUAGCCUAAUGGCUUCAAGAGCACAUCAAGUCACACAGCAAUGAUUGGAAGGUCUACAAAUCAAAUUCUAAACACAGCUAAUUAAAUCUUCAGUCAGUUAACUCUGUUGACAAAGUCCUAGUGAAAUGUUGUAGAAGUAGUAAUUUCUGCUUUUGUUAUGCUCAAAAUAGGUUCAGAUUCCAUGCAGUAAUUUUCAGUUUUAGAAUGUAACUUGUAACCCUAAAUUAAGCUCUGUCAUUAUUUCAGAGGCCUCAUCAAACACAACUGCCAGAGCAAAUGGCUAAAUGAGACAGAUAAAUCUGAUCUGUUUUGCAGAGCAACUUGGGGAAAAAAUAAUCACGUUUGCUUUUGUUGCAUCUGUUUCUAGAACACCUUCCUCUGCAAGCUGAUAAUUGCUUAAUAGAUGAAAAUGCAAACAUCUACUUUGUAUACAAGGAGCACUUAACAUUUAAAAACUUCACAAUGUAAAUGUCACAUAACUGUUUCCUGGCAUGCAGUCAGUUUAAGACAUUGUUAAACCGACAAUGCAGGAUGUAAAAAGCAAUCAAACGUGGAUGAUGCAAUACGUUGUGCUGCUUCUAGGUGAUGGUAUUAACUGGAAGAUGACUAAUCAGUCAAUAAUGUGCUGAAAAAUGUCCAUUGAAGGUGGAGAUGAAGACAAUAUAUGUCUCCAGCUUAAAACCAGAAACACUGCAUGUGUGCAAGUGUUAAAUGGGUAAAGAGAGGGUCAGCACAUGACCAGAACUGAUAAAAUCCCUCUAAAAGUGAUGGAAUUAUAGGAUUUAUAAUGACCACAGUGAUAUACAAGUCACAGGAUAGCUUCUCUCUUCUUAAAGGUGUUCUGAGAAUUGAUUUAUUUAGUAACAAUCCAAAGAGUGGCUUUGAUAUUUUUGGAUUGAAAUACUAUUGUAUCUCUCCACAGGUUAAAGGACAUUCAGAUGACUUGUAAAGUACAGCCUUAGAAAAAACCUGAAUGUUAAGUUAUGGGACUGAUAAUUAAGGGUUACACCUCAAUAAACUGUAGCAGAAGCGUUUUAUUGAUAUAAUUGCAGUUUAGCUUGGGAGCUUGCCAAUGACAUGCCAGUUAAACUGGAAGGCCGCAGAUGACCACAUGGGGGCAUUGUUAGUCUGACUCAAAUACUCAUUUUAAGGCUAGCAGCCUAAUUAGGUGUAAUGGAUCUAACCUGAUCCUUACUGUACUGUUGAUAUGAACAUGAGCUCACAAACGACUACCUGCAUUUUUAAUGAUAAUAUUCAGACGGUUUUAAAAUGGUGUACUUUUUACAUUUGAGGUAAAUUCCCAAUUUUAGUCAAUGAAUGUAUAGUGGCCAUUCCCCUGAAGAAAUAAUCAGGGUUUACAAAAUGCACGUAAACUAAGUGUCUUGGAUGCAAACAAAUUGUGGUCUCUUUGCCAACAUCAGCCUCCUAGUUUGAUGGAGGAGCCUGUCGCCAGAAGCAACGGAGAAUUUACCUCACUGAAUUCUUCUCUCAGCUCCCUUGACAACUCUGAUGCUGCCAUUUCCCUCCCUACAGCUACCAGGGAGGAUGAGGGAAUUGCUUUGACUGGAUCAACAACAUCACAGGAUCCAAAUACCCGGAGGGAAGCAGAGGAUUUGAGCCAAUGGCAGUGUGAGUUCAGGGGUCAGAUCAGAGCAGUAAGGCAAUGGCUCAGCAGCAUGGAGAAGAUGCUGCCUACUCUAGACCCCAGGCUCCAGAGUGAUGGACAGCAAAGUUCAGACCAAGAUUCUGGUUUGGACAGGUGGAGGGGAACUAAAGCUCCGCUGGCACUCAAGGAUGUCUCCACAAAUUCGGAAAUGUUUCUUCAGAACCUGGAAGCUUUGGUUACAUGGGUCAGUGAGAUAGAGGAGCUCACAGCCAAUCAGAAACCUCCAUCCUCAGAGGUCAAAGUGGUGAAGGCACAACUUCAAGAACAGAAGCUCCUGCUGCGCCUCCUGACAGACCGAAGGCGUAGUAUGGUUUCUGUAAUGGUUGAAGGUCCUCGGCUGGUGGAGGCCCACCCAGGAGAAGAGUGGGACCAGGCAAAGGUCAAGCUGGCCACUCUUCAGCAGAAGUGGGAGGCCCUGCAGAUGGUGGCAGAAAAAAGGAGGGAAUGUCUGGAGCUCAUUCUGCCCAAAGCCAAGCAGUUCCAGGAAGGAGUAGACAGCCUGCAGCAGUGGUUCAUUUCUGUAGAGCAGACACUGGCUGAGCUGAGGAACGCAGAGAGAAUGAUGCUGCAUCUGUCGGACGCAACAGAUAAGGCCAAGGCUGUUGUUGAAGAGAUUCAAGUCCAAAUGGCUGAACUUGGAAAAGUAAAGAUGUCGGGUCAAACUUUAAUGAAAGCCGUUUCAGUGGAGGAAGCCCAACAGGUCCAGGAGAAGAUGGAUGCUCUGCAUAUUCGUUGUUCGGUGUUAAACCUGAGCAGUAUGGACGUGCUGCAGAGGCUGGAGCAGGCCUUGGAAGCCUCCAGCCGCUGCACUUCAAGCCAGGAGGACCUCCAUCUGUGGCUGGGACGCAUCGAGAGGGAACUGUUGGGAGCAGCAGGAGCACCAACGCAAGUGGGAGAUGCAGGACUUUGUGCAGCUGAAAAACAGAGGGUAAGCUUUCCACGCUACACUAAGAUCAAACUGUACCAAGGGUUUGGAUACAUGAACACCCUACCUGUGAUUCACAGUCGUUUCCAUGCAAACUUCUAA